CCCCCUCCACUCACACACACUCCACUCGGAGCACUUGGAUACAGCGCUGAGGACUUGGCUGCUCUUUCUCCUCCAUAAAGAAGCGCUCAUAUUAACCUGCGCUCCAGGACAAUUUGGCACAUCCACUUUAAAUGGCAUGCCACCACGCUGGACCACAGAACGAGGAGCGACAAAGAAGUAAGUGACAGAGACGAAGAGAAAGAGAGAGAGAGGGAGAGAGAGAGAGGGAGAAAGAUAGGAAGAGGGAUUCCCCCAUGUCUGGAGUAAACAGAGGAGAUGGCGGUGGUCUGUCAGCUGUUGCAACCAUGAGCAGAGUCAGUAGGACAAGAAACAUGAUGUCUGAGCUCAGCUGAAGCUAUCCAUCCUCCUCCCUCCAUCCUCCCCUAAGGGAGGACAAGAAGAUGAGUGUCACCAGCCGUCAGUCCUUCAACAUCCUGGCCGUCAUCUUGCUUUUACUUUCCACAGCAGCUCUUUCAGCUCAUUUUCGGGUGUGUGAACCCUACACUGACCACAAGGGGCGCUAUCACUUUGGAUUCCACUGUCCUCGACUCUCUGACAACAAGACCUACAUGUUCUGCUGUCACCACAACAACACUGCCUUCAAGUACUGCUGCAAUGACACAGAGUUUCAAACCAUCAUGCAGGUCAACCUCACAACCGCUCUGGAUAGUUUUGCACACAAUAACUACACGGCGCUGGUGGGCGUGUGGAUCUAUGGCUUUUUUGUCAUGGUGCUGCUGGCGCUGGACUUCCUGUACUACUCAGCCAUGAACUACGAGGUAUGCCGGGUGUACCUGGAAAAAUGGGGGCUCGGGGGCCGCUGGCUCAAACAAGCCCGCAGUCAGUGGCAACGAGCUGAGCAGGAGGAGAGCCAGACGCAGCAGCCAUCUCAACCUGGAGCUCCAGCAGCACUCUCACACUACCAACAGCAGCACUGUCACAACCAGCCCAGACACAGCCUGAAGACAGAGGCCCACAGCCCAACACAGACUGCACACAGCACUUCAAUCGCCUGAGUUUACAGACCCCGCGAGAACACCCAAGUGGAGAGUUUGGUGUACAAUGUGGUUCAUGCUCCAGUCUUCAGACAUAAAGCUAGCUAUCGAGGAGUGCUGGUUCAGAUGUGCCUCCCUAUCAACCCAUUCUCUUCGAGCACAGCCCUUCAGUUCCUUUAUAAAGACCUCCCUGCAGAACCAAGCUCAAGAAACACUGGAGAAUCACUGACAUACUCGGGGCUGUUAUAGACCCAGCAGAUCCGGGUAAUUAAAGGAACUACUCCAGAGCUUGAAUCUUCAAGGAACAGAUGAGAUGAGAUAAGAUGGCCUUUGUGAACUGAGCUGGAACAGAACUUAAGUAGAACUAUGUCAGAGUCCAUCUGAGUACAGGAACAAGUGUAGCUUUCUUCAACCAUGACCACUUCACAGCGAGGAUCAUAGAGUAAGGAGUGUUCAUGGACACAUUUGAGGAUAUAUUAAUAGUGUUUGCACUGCCUUGUGAACUAAUAUGGACUAAUUACUAUAAUUGUGUGGUGGUAGGAGUAUUUAUUUGUACUUUGUUUAUGUAUACUAGUCAGGGAAUAUUAUGAGAAGCAAAUACUUAAAGCCCCACUCAGGAACCACUGAGGCAACAGCGCUACUGCACAAGGACGAGCUUUGAGUUUACAGAACAGUGGGCGUAGUGGUAGUAUGAGUAGUGUAGUCACACAUAGCGUAGUCAUCUAAAAGACAUCAGUUUUAGUGCUGUUGGUGCAGUGCUAAAACUGCCCUGGAACUGGCAGUGAUUCCUGAUUUGGGCUUUAGUGAAUUCUGAAUAUUGGUAAUCAUUCAUUUGAAAUUCACCUCAUGCCAUCUUGUAAUUUAUGACACCCCACCUGUGUUGCACCGAAAAAAAAUAAUGCAGCAAAUCUUCACCUCAUGCAAUUUGGGGAUGGAGUAAAAUGAAAGGUUUCUGACUGCAUUUUCACAAUGAUGAGCCCAUUGCAUGAAGCAGGAUUAUUUUUGACAAAAAAGUGAUAGAUGUGAGCAGAGAUUGGUCAAUGUACUCACAGCAAACACAAGGAAAAUUACUAUUUAAUUCAAAUUGGCACCAGAAGGUUGUCUACAUAGUCCUAAAACAUUCAGUAAUCAAUUACGUGGGCUCUGAGUUCAUGUUUGAGAGUUUAACUUAUUUGCUAUUAGUGGUUCAGCACAAAUUAAUUAACUGAACUAAAUGUACUGUUAUGUCAUUUCAUAAACAAUGAAGGCUAGUUUAUGCUCCCUGUUUGAUUCUACUUUGUUGCAGCUAUGAUCACUGGCAGUGAACAGCCAUGCCAGAUUAUUUCAUUUUAAUGAUGAUGUAGGAUUCAUUGGAGGUCUUAUGGAAACAGGUUAUAUCUGGUCUUUCAUGAAAUUCCUGUUUUCGAAUGGAAUAAUUAUCCAGGAAAUUACUUGACCUUUACUAUUGUUUUAUAAUUCAGGUUCUUCUACCAGUAGAUACAUUUUAAAAGCAGGUGGGCUGCAUUUGUAAUCCACUACAUCUUACAAGGCUGUUCGAAUCAGAAGCAUCCUUCAAAUACAGCAGAGAAAUGCAGUCUACAUAUUGACCGUUUUCAAGGACACUACCAAAGUGUUCUUCACAGACAUGUGCCGUCCAGACUCCUUUGUGUGCAUGUUUGACCCGAUGAAAGUUUAAAGCUGGGAAAAUAUAUAGUAGCCACUGUUUCUUUAGUUGUACAUCUAUUUAAGAGAGUGCAAAUUGAAUGGAGGAUGUAAAAUGCACCUGCUUUCACUGAGUUUAACAGUUUUAGCUUGCAGGAUGGCAAGCAAUUACACAUAAAUAGCUUUGCCUACCACAUAUUACAUCAUUCUCAUCAACAAGUUGCUUGCCAACUUAUUGUUCACAUCAACAGAUUUUUCUCCAUUAAAGUUUUGUGCACCUACUCCUUUCUUGAUGAUGUGAUGGUGCGAUCUUGGCAGACCGUUCUGUUUCACAUAAUGUAAUACACACAAGGGUCCUUUAUAGGACAGUCCUACUGAGGAUCUACAUUUUUCGGCUUCAGUUUAGCCUAUGGAAUGCAGCUCGUGAAUCAGUCAAGAUUGUCGUGACUGAAUCAUUUCAAAAUCUGAGUAUUUCACAUGAGGAUUCCAGCCUAAACUACAGUUGAGUGUCAUUUGUUGUGUUAGGCAGUAUUCUGUAGCACAGCGUUAUACAUCAGCCUCAUCAGUUUGACAGAUUUAAUGAUUUUAUAUCAUUUUCAUGUUUCAUUCACCAGUGUUCUCACUACAACACCAAGUGUGCAUUAUGCAAGUACAUCUUACAAUGAUUGGGAAUCCCUGUGGUGUCAACCAGGCUAAUAACUAUUACCGAGUUAGCUUUAGUGUAACUCUUACCUCAGUUAUCAAACAAAGUAGUAAAUAGUCAAUCUGUCUUUAUUAAGCACAAAAUGGACUCCAGAAACAGGUUUUGACCCUUUCAGUCAGAGAAAAGGAGCCAAGCUAUGGCAUCUAGAUAGUCAUCUAGUUGCUCUGCUGACUUUAGCUAUUACCUUGUUAUGCUCCUCAUCUGAUGAGUCAUUUCCGAUGUUUGAAUUAUCUAUUCUGUCCAUUUAGGAGAUUAUUUGAAUACAGUUACUACACCUCACUAUCACCUUUAAGAUAAUUGACUUCCUAGCAUUAACAUUAGCUCUCAUCAGCUUCUGAAGAAAAAUUUAGAAAAAAAGUACCAAGAUAUAGGUUCUCAAAUGUUCCUCCCAUCUUCAAGACAAAUCAUCAGAAGGGGCUUUAAGCUGAAAAGAAUUACUCUGGCACUGCUGUAAGACGCAAGUAAGCAUAUUUGCAGAUGUAGCAGAGGUUACAUUUUUCACUUUUCUGGAGUGCUCCUUAAUAUGGUUUUGUCAUUUCACCCUAAUUAAAAAAUUUGAUGAUUUGAUGAUCUACAAGCAAUGCAAUAUACUUUAUAACUAUACUUGUAUUAUUAAGCAAUGUUCUGAAAUGCUUGGAGCAUAUAUGGUGAAAACAUGCUCUGGAACACACAUUGCAGCAUCUUGUGUAAGGCCAGAAAAAAAAGAGCUUAAUGGUGUGGCAUGGACUGGCAUCCCCCAACUCAACAUGAUACGGCUUCUUAGCUCGCUGCCAAAGAA